CACGAUAAACCAAGUUCGAAGUUCUUCCACGACCCACCAGCGAACAAACAUCGACUUACCAACACGCCUCUUGCUCUAACCCAGAAAAUGGAUAUCGCUUUCUACAAAAAGCACACUACGACCCGCGGGUUCAGCUACAAUUACUUCUUCACUUCCGCACAGUCGGGGAAACCAACGCUCAUCUUCAUGCACGGGUUCCCCUCCUCAUCGUGGGACUGGUUUCAACAAGCGACGUUCUUCCAACCGCGCGGGUAUGGUCUGAUCGUCCCCGAUAUGUUGGGGUACGCUGGGACCGACAAGCCGACGGACCCAGAAGCAUACAUCGGGAGCGGACUGGCCCGAGACAUCAUCGACAUCAUGGACCGCGAAGGUAUACAGAAGGCCAUCGCGAUCGGGCAUGAUUGGGGCUGUCUUACCGCUUCGCGCCUCGCGAACUACUAUUCUGACCGCUUCAUCGCAUUCGCGUUCUUUGCGGUGGGCUACCUCUCCCCGAACCCCAUCGUCGACCCCGCUAUACAGGCCGAAGCAAUCCGAGAGCUCGUCGGGCGCGACGUGUUCGCAUAUCAGAAGUUCUUUACUGAGGAAGGUGCGGACAAAAAGAUCGAGAAUAAUUUUGAUUCGUUUUUUUCCUUGAUCUUCCCGAAUCCACCGGAGCUUUGGAUCGACCACCUCUGUGCGAGCGGCGCUACCAAAGCGUGGAUCGAGGCCGACAAGCAGAGCCCGGCCCCAGAUUACAUGAAGCCCGAGUACAAAGAGCAUUACAGACGAACCUUGCUCGACGGAGGCUUAGCAGCCCCGAUCUGCUGGUACAGAGCGAACACAGAAGGUUUCACAGCCGAAGACGACAAGCUCGUCCCGAAGCCAUCAUACGACAUCCAGCAACCCGUGUUCUUCGGCGCUGCGCUCAAGGACAUGGUCUGCCUGCCCAUUUUCGGCAAGGAGACGCUGAAGAAAUAUGCGAAGGGCCCAACCACGAUCCAUGAGUUCGACGGGGAUCAUUGGAUCCUGCUGUCCCAUAUGGAGGAGGUAAAUCGUGAGCUUUUGGCGUGGCUGGAUGGGCUGAAGUUGUGAGUACUUCUAGCCGAUGGAGUGUAAAAGACGAUGUAGCUCCGGACUGACCAACGUAAAUGUAUAUUAUUUCACCGCUC